GAGCCGGGAGGAGGGCGGCAGACUGCGAAUUAGCCUAAGUUAUUAAAGAUGGCGGCGGAGCGGAGUCGCUCCCCGAUGGACUCGCCGGUGCCGGCCUCGAUGUUCGCCCCGGAGCCCAGCUCUCCGGGGGCGGCCAGGGCCGCAGCGGCGGCAGCCCGGCUCCACGGCGGCUUCGACUCGGAUUGCAGCGAGGACGGCGAGGCGCUCAAUGGCGAGCCGGAGCUGGACCUCACCAGCAAGCUGGUUCUAGUGAGCCCUACAUCAGAGCAGUAUGACAGCCUACUUCGGCAGAUGUGGGAGAGGAUGGACGAGGGAUGCGGAGAGACCAUAUAUGUCAUUGGGCAGGGAUCAGAUGGGACUGAGUACGGGCUGAGUGAAGCAGACAUGGAGGCCUCCUAUGCCACAGUGAAGAGCAUGGCGGAGCAGAUAGAGGCGGAUGUCAUCCUCCUGCGGGAGCGUCAAGAAGCUGGUGGCCGUGUGCGGGAUUACCUGGUUCGGAAACGAGUAGGAGACAAUGACUUCCUGGAGGUCAGGGUAGCAGUGGUGGGCAAUGUGGAUGCCGGCAAAAGCACGCUUCUGGGGGUCCUGACGCACGGAGAGCUGGACAAUGGCCGUGGCUUUGCCCGCCAGAAACUCUUCCGCCACAAACACGAGAUUGAAUCCGGCCGCACCAGCAGUGUGGGCAACGACAUUCUGGGCUUUGACAGCGAAGGCAAUGUGGUGAACAAGCCUGACAGCCACGGUGGCAGCCUGGAGUGGACAAAGAUUUGUGAGCAGUCCUCCAAGGUCGUUACCUUCAUUGACCUGGCUGGCCACGAAAAGUACCUGAAGACCACCGUCUUCGGCAUGACCGGCCAUUUGCCCGACUUCUGCAUGCUCAUGGUGGGUAGCAACGCUGGCAUCGUGGGGAUGACCAAGGAGCACCUGGGCUUGGCAUUGGCACUUAAUGUACCUGUCUUCGUAGUAGUCACCAAGAUCGACAUGUGUCCUGCUAACAUCCUGCAAGAAACCCUGAAGCUGUUACAGCGCCUGCUGAAGUCACCGGGCUGUCGGAAGAUCCCUGUGCUGGUGCAGAACAAAGACGAUGUGAUCGUUACAGCUUCCAAUUUCAGCUCUGAGAGGAUGUGCCCAAUAUUCCAGAUAUCCAAUGUUACAGGGGAGAAUCUAGAACUGCUGAAAAUGUUCCUCAACCUUCUGUCCCCCCGUACCAGCUACCGGGAGGAGGAGCCUGCCGAGUUCCAGAUUGAUGACACCUACUCUGUCCCCGGUGUGGGGACCGUGGUGUCAGGCACAACGCUGAGGGGCCUGAUCAAGCUGAAUGACACUCUGCUGCUAGGCCCGGACCCCCUGGGGAACUUCCUGUCCAUCGCCGUCAAGUCGAUCCAUCGCAAGCGCAUGCCCGUCAAGGAAGUUCGCGGGGGCCAGACAGCCUCAUUUGCACUGAAGAAGAUCAAGCGCUCAUCCAUCCGAAAGGGCAUGGUGAUGGUCUCUCCGCGCUUGAAUCCCCAAGCCUCCUGGGAAUUUGAGGCCGAGAUUCUUGUCCUCCACCACCCCACCACGAUUAGCCCACGCUACCAGGCCAUGGUGCAUUGUGGGAGCAUCAGGCAGACAGCCACCAUUCUAAGCAUGGACAAAGACUGUCUGCGCACUGGGGAUAAGGCUACUGUCCAUUUCCGCUUCAUCAAGACCCCUGAGUACCUGCACAUAGACCAGCGGCUGGUGUUCCGGGAAGGCCGCACCAAGGCUGUUGGCACCAUCACCAAGCUCCUCCAGACCACCAACAACUCCCCAAUGAACUCCAAACCCCAGCAGAUCAAAAUGCAAUCGACGAAAAAGGGCCCCCUGACCAAGCGAGAAGAGGGAGGCCCAUCUGGCGGGCCAGCAGUAGGGGCAGCUGCACCCGGAGACGAAGCUGCCUCUCUAGGGCUUGGGCAGGCAGCUGCAUCCAGCAGCCUCCAGUCACAGUCCAAGCCUAGCAGUGGGGGCCGGCGACGAGGGGGCCAGCGCCACAAAGUGAAGACCCAGGGGGCCUGUGUGACUCCUGCCAGCGGCUGCUGAAUCCUCAUCACUCUGACCACCUCACUGGCUGGGCAGGGCAGCGCAGAUCGCCAUCCGCUCACCCCAGCCACAGCUGGAGCCUCCUCGUGGUCCCAGCCCCAUUUUCCAGGGGGGUUGUAAUUUAUAAGCUGAGGAAGGUGGCCAAACUCCCCAAGAACUGACCGACUCCCACCUCUUCCUGCCUCCUUCCUCACUCACACAUCUUUUGUACAUCUGGGCCCUUAGUUUUUAUUCUUUUUAUUAUAUAUCUGUCUCUCGAUUUAGUGUGGUGUGUGUGUGAGUGUGUGUGUGUGAGGCGGAGUGUGGCCUGCCCGGGCCCUGUCAGUUCUCCUUUCCUCCUGGCCGGCCACCAGCCUCCAAGAACUAGCUACCGGCCUGUCCUAUCCGUCCGUGUGUCUGUCCAGGUGAGAAGGCUCAAGGAGCCUGCUUCCUGCCCUGCUCUUCUCGGCCGGAAGCCCCUCCCCGGGGCUGCUUUUGGGGCUGAGGAGCCGUCAGCAUUCAGGAUCUUCUCUCAGAGUCUAAGACCCAGGGCUUCAUAGCAGGGAGCUCGCGGUGGCUUCCCCCCUCCCUCUUUUCCCCGUGGGCCCUCAGGCACGUAAUCGCAAACUCUGCAGUGGUGUGUGAGCAGCGCCUCAGGACUCUGACCACCCCAGCUCGCCCUAGUGGGCUUCCUCUUGGAGACAAUCCUGUGCUCGUGCGGGCUGCCCCGGCGCCCGUGGCUCCGCCAUCUGCCCACCAGAGGACUUGGGCCUUUGCCGGUGGCAGGCACUGGUAACUAGACUGGGUGUGGUGCCCGUUUCCCUAGCUCCAUCCUGCCCAGCUGUUCCCGGAGCCCAGCUGGGUACAGGGAGGGAAGGUGGAGCUGUGGGAAAAGAUUCUUCCCUGCCCAGCACAGCACUUAGCCUACGGGGAGCUUUGCUGCCCAGGGUGGGAGAUGAGGCUGCACAGGACUGAGCUGUGCCCCACGGCUUUUCUAGGGUGCCCGGUGGGACGGGGUGUUGUUUAGCCAGGGCAGACACCCAGCUGGCUGGGUCCUCCUUCAGCCUCACCUUCCAGCCCUCAGCUGCCCUUCUUUCCCAGCUGCUGGUCCUCUCUCCUCCCUCCCUCUCCCCGCUGUUUCUAGUUACUACUGCCCUGUGGCCAUGGACUGACCAGACCAGCAUUCACAAUAAAAGUUUCUUCCAAGUUGA